AUGUUGAUUGCCACCAAGGUCGAGCAAGGCAAAGACAAGGCAAGUCGUUUCUUGGAGAUAUUGGAAAAAGUUAAAACGGUUGGGAAGUUGUACCUGGAGCUUCUCAACAUUGGCAACAUCCUAUUCAUUGACUGGAAGGCUGACAUCUACUGCAACCCUGAGCACCAGGUGAAGGUCUACCUGGAGUUUGGAAUUGCUAAUAUCCUUGUUCAGAGCACAAGACCCCUCCUGGAGGAGCUGGACAGCCUCUCGAAGGCAAUGGAGCAUUGUCUGGUGGAGUGGAAGAAGUACCUGGAGACUCAAAGGGACACCUACUACCAUAUCAACCUGUUCACUGUGCACCAGAUCUUCUAUUUGUGCAGCCAGCUGGCCCGAGUCCAGAAAGGCAUCGUAGAACCGCAGGUGCUCAUAUUGCUUUCUGCCAUCAAGCAUGACAUCAGCGGAGAAGAUAUCAAUAAAGCCCUGGGGGAUGUGCUGAUGACUCCUCUGGACUCGGUGAACACCUCGGCGGGAGACGAGGAAUCAGUGACCUGGCACGACUACGUCAUCCGUUUCCCCCAGUUCAUUAAAAGUUUGGCUGAAUCAGGCUACGACGAGGCGGUGGCCAAGGCGGCUUUGCAGAGCUGCCUGGACAACCCGCCCAUCACGGAGCAGAUGCUCAUGGACUUUGCCUUCAAGCAUGGUGACAACCAGGAGAAGGUUGAAGAGCUCAGCAGGUUAUAUGAGGAAGCGAGAGAAACCUUCCUGCAGCAGAGACGGAAAUUUAAGACGGGGAACAGAGACGUCGACCAGGUUUCCUUUGGCGCCCUGGUGGACGCUGAGUUGGCCGCCUCGUUUGAGAGUUUGCCGUCUCUUUACGACAAGGUGAAUCUGCUCUGGGACGCUUACUGUAAGAAAUUUGCUGCCUUGGUGUCUGAUAAAUACAUCGGUUUGGAUGUUUUUGGGGAGACGCUGAAGCGCUUGGCCGCUCUAGAGAGUGCCCGUGUGGAGAGGAGCUUGCCCGUAGGCUUCGAAGAGGGGAAACCGCUUCUCAUCCUGUGUAAAGAAGAGGAAAUGUUACCCAACAUGUUGCUCCUCUACCGACAUACCGAGACAGCCCCUCUCCCCUCGUACGACGAGGUCCUGGUGUGCACCCCCGACACGGAGGAGGAGGAGGUGGAGCUGCUUCUCAGGAGAGCUCUGUCCCCAGGUUCCCCAGACCAGAAGAUCUACUGCCUGCUGGGCGCCGAUAAAUUAAAUUGUAAAGUUUCCAAACAACUUGAGUCGCACUUCUUCUGCCUGGUGCAGUCUGCCAGCAUCCCCAACUACAGAUUUAUCAUCUUCUGCAACGCCAAAGCUCACAACUCCUAUGUCAUCACGGCCUUUGAUGCCUUCAAGGUGACGUUAUCAAGGCACUCCGAGGCAGAAACCUGGAAGUACUUGCAGGGGCACCUCAAAGUGCCGAGUGGGACGGCCCCCGUGGCUCAGGCCUUUGAGGAGCCCCAGCAGCAGAACGUGAAGUUCAUCUUCUCGGAGCAGGCGAGAAUGGGGAAAUCUCUUUUUGUGGAGAACACCCUCAGGAAGGUCCGUGCCCAGCUGGGGAACAAGCUACUGCUUCAUAAAACCAUUCGGCUGAUGGAGUCAGAGGUUGAUUUCCAGUUCUUCGUGGAGGAACUCUUCUCCAUCAAGGAGUCCAUGUCCGAAAUCCAGCCCAUCAUCUUCCACAUCGAUGUAUCUCCAGUGGUAUCGAAGGGUCUCUACCGGCUGCUGAUUGAUCUGUGUGUCCUGCGGCACAUCCAGAGCCCUGAUGGCUUGGUCUGGAAGUGCAAACCCUCCCAUCUUUACUUGAUCGAGUACCUGGCAAGAGGGAAAGGUCUGAGAAGUACGAGGAAGAAAGAGAUGUCCCUUGAAAUGGAGGAAAAAUUCCUGAAUCUUUUUCCUACCGUGGAGUGUGUAUCGCCGCAGCGGGUGCUCGAGUUGCUGGAAGAUCCCAGCUCUGUCUCUCCUGCAAAACUGAGGGAGGAGCAGUUUGACCGGACCAAGCUGAAAAGUGAUGUUUUCCAAAGGUCCUACCAAUAUCUUAGCAGAUACAAGCAGAAUAAGAACCUCGACCAUUUCACUUUUACCCCUGGGAGCAUUGAAGGGACAGAGAGGGAAUGCCUGGCGUGCCUGAUGGAGUUCUGUGGGAGAAGCAGCCCCUCCUGGACCGAGCUCAGCAACUUCACUCACUUCUUGAACUUCCAGCUCCAAAAGUGUGAGAAAUCGGUCUUCUGCAGCCGGGUGGUCGGAAAGGAGUUCAGCGGCUUCAAAACAUUCGUCGUCAAGUUCAUGAUCGCCAUGUCCAGGGACUUUGCCAUGCCUUCCCUCAACAUGUCUGACGAGAGCGUGCCCAGCAAGGAGCGGAAGGAGACGGACAGUGUUUUGGAGGAGUAUCAGCUCCGACGCAAGUGGGAGCAGGAGUCUCACCCUUACAUCGUCUUCCACGCUGAGGGUGACUCCAUGGAGUUUCUGGGUUUCCACAUCAACCGGAACUUGGAUGCUAUUGAUGCUUAUUCCCAGACUGUUUUGGAGAGGGCGGUUAUGACAAGGAGUUUAUACAUGACCUUGGCGUGGCAAAAUGUUCCUUUUAAUAAGAAAUUUGAAACCUUACCCAGAAAUGAGCAGUUGAAAGCCCUCUGCAGGGUCUUCGGCGUGAAAUACUGGAAGGAUCCAGAUCCCUCAUACCAGUUGACUCUGGACAACACCAUGAAGAUGUUGGCCAUCCACUUGCGGUUCCAGUGCGGCAUCCCCGUCAUCAUCAUGGGUGAAACGGGCUGCGGGAAGACAAAACUGGUGGAGUUCAUGUGCAACCUGCAACGGGCCGACCGAGACCUUCAGAACAUGCUGGUGGUGCGUGUUCAUGGCGGCACCACCUCCAAGACCAUCCAGGAGAAGGUGAGGCAGGCCGUGGCGCUGGCACGCGCCAACGAAGAGCACGGUGUGGACACGGUGCUGUUCUUUGACGAAGCCAACACCUCGGAGGCCAUCUUUGCCAUCAAGGAAGUGCUGUGUGAUCACAGCAUCAAUGGAGCGCGGAUUUCCUCCGACCGUUUAAAAGUGGUGGCCACCUGCAACCCUUACAAGAAACACACCCAGGAGACCAUCGAGAAACUGGAGAAAGCGGGUUUGGGAUACCGAGUGCGGAGCGAAGACACCCCGGAGAAGCUGGGUUACAUUCCUUUGCGGCAGUUGGUGUAUAGGGUGCAGCCCCUUCCUCCCAGUUUAUUGCCUCUGGUUUGGGAUUUUGGGGAGCUGAACGAGAAGACACAAAGCCUCUACAUCAGGGAGAUGGUGAAAGCCGCCUUGGAGACUGAGAUCCCUGUGGGAAACCUUGACGUCUUCACUGCCGUCAUUUCAACCUCCCAGAAGUUCUUGAGGGAGAGGAAGAACGAAUGCAGAGUCGCCAGCCUCCGGGACAUCGCCCGCUUCAUGAAAAUAGUGCUCUGGUUUUAUAACCGAAGAGACCUCCUCUUCCACCAGAUCGACGAGAAGAGGCGGUACAUGAAGGCGGAGGAGCCGACCUUGACCGACGCGCAAAGGGCUCUGGUCCUUUCUGUGGGGGUCUGCUACUAUGUGUCCCUGGAAAGCCGCCAAGACUAUCUGGAGGAGGUCGCAAAAUCCUUCUCGGUCGCCGCCUCCUGGCUCCAGCAAGAGAUUGAGUUGUGCCAAGAGGUGUUUCUCGAUCACAUCUCCCUUCCUAAGGCCACGGCCUGCAACAACGCCCUGAGGGAGAACAUCUUCAUGAUGGUGGUCUGCAUGGACCUCCGCGUGCCGCUCUUUCUGGUUGGGAAGCCGGGAAGCUCCAAAUCUCUUUCCAAAACCAUUGCUGUAGAUGCCAUGGAAGGCAUGUUGUCCAGAAGCCCGUUGUUCAAAAGAUGCAAAGAGAUCCAGCUGGUCUCCUUCCAAUGCAGCCCCCAUUCCAAACCAGAAGGCAUCAUCUCCACCUUCCAACAAUGUGCCCAGUUGCAGAAGGGCAAGAACCUGGAUGAAUUUGCGUCUGUGGUGCUGCUGGAUGAGAUCGGCCUGGUCGAAGACUCGCCCAAUAUGCCCUUGAAGACGCUGCAUUCUCUUCUGGAAGACGGAUGCGUUGAUGAUGAGACCCCGGAGGAUUACAAGAAAGUUGGCUUUGUGGGCAUCUCCAACUGGGCCUUGGACCCUGCCAAGAUGAACAGGGGCCUCCUCGUUUUUUGGACUGAGCCUAGCAAGGAGGAGCUGGUGAAGACGGCUGAAGGCAUCUGUGCUGACCAACCUCACUUUCAAAGAAUCAAGUAUUUGUUCCCCAUUCUGGCAAACUUCUACUGCAACGUGCUGCAAAGGCAGAAAAUGGAGUUCUUUGGGCUGCGUGACUUCUACAGCUUAAUCAAAAUGAUCGUGUUCUACAUGCAGGACCAGAAGUGCCAUUCUCAAGAGGAGCUCCUCGUAAAGGCCAUUCAGAGAAACUUUGGAGGCUCCAGAGAUAUCAACCCCAUGGCGAUCUUCCGCGAGUGCACCAGCGAGAUGCAGCUUCCCUUCGAGAUGGAAACCAGCUGCAUCCGCCUGCUGGAGGAGAACAUGGAGAAGCAGCGAGCGGGGUUCAUGUCUCGUUACCUCCUCUUGCUGACGACCAACAACGCCGCCUUGCGGAUCAUCCAGAUGACCGGGCUUAUAGAUGCCAGCAACUGUGACAUCAUCUUUGGCUCCAGUUUCCCACGGGACCAGGAUUACUCCCAGGUGUGCCGCUCCAUGAACAGGGUGAAGAACUGCAUGGAGAUCGGCAGGCCCGUCGUCCUCCUCAACAUCCAGAACCUCUACGAGAGCCUUUACAAUACCCUCAGUCAGUGCUUUGUUAGCCUGGGGGGGAAUUAUUAUGUUGACCUGGGCCUCCUUGGCACUCACCGGGCGAAGAGCCGCGUGAAGGAGGAGUUCCGGCUGGUCAUUAUAGAGGAGAAGAAGGUGGUUUACACGCAGUUCCCCACCCCUCUGCUCAGCCGGCUGGAGAAGCAUUGCUUGGACACGACCACCCUCCUCUCCUGGCAGCAGCGAGACCUCAAGUGGGACCUGGAGAACUGGGCUGAAUGCUUUGUCCACAUCGAGAACCCCGAUUCAUUCAGUGCCUGGUCCCAUGCCCUCGCUCCCAAGGAACAUGACAUCUUCAUCGGCUUCAGUGAUGACACCUCUGCCGCCAUCGUGCUGGACAGUUCCCAGCAUCUCCUCUGCAGCGGCUUCGAACGCUACGGCCAGUCGGUCUUCGCCGCCGCCACCAGCAAACUGGUGGAAUGUGCCACUCCAGACUCUGUCCUUCGCCUGAAAUACUCCGCUCUUGAGGACGCCGAGCAGAUCCAGGAGCUUUAUUUCAUUGAGCAGAAGCACAACAGCCUGACCAGCCUAUUGCAUGAGGCGAUGAAGCAGCAGAAGGAGGAAGGCAGCACUGCCGGGCUCUGCCUCCAGGUUUCUACCCAUGCCAGGCUCUUGAACCAGAAGGAUUUAGAAAUGCUGAGGAAGACACUCGACCUCCCAGACACCAUCCACUGCCUCUUCCUAAGCCAGUUUGACACCGAACGGGCUUUCCGCCAGGACCUCAGAGGAAGAAUGAGAGACAAGGUGCCAGACUACUGCCAGACCAUCCUGGAGAGAAGGGGAAGAGCAGAGAUAAACCUGUCCUUGAGAGAAGUGAAGGAACGGGACUGUUCUCCAGAGAAUUCUGCUGCCUCGAGAAGCCUCACUGACACAGGUCUUUACCCAGAGGAAAACUUCCUCAACAUGGAGGCAAUGAUCAAAGGGAGCAUCCAGAAGGCCGUGAUCCAGCUAGAGGACAAGAAGGACAACAGCCAGCGUCCAAUGGAGAGAAUCAAGAUCCUUCACAACUUGAUUUUCCAUGCUCAGAGUGAUGUUUCCAGCCGCUUCAUGACCAUCCUGAAGAAGAGGAUUUGUUACCUCCUACAAGAACGAGAGAAACUGAUCCAAAAGCCGAGGGAAUGGAUUUUCCGCAGGGCGCUCUCUGUGGAAUUCAUCCUGGAGGACACGUCGUUCAGGCAAGCGCUUUGGAUGCACCUGGAGGACAUUGUGAUGAACGUCUUUGCCCAAAUUCUCGCUGUGGUGGAUGCCAACAACAACCUGGAUCACAUCUCCCAAGGCUCUCCGCUCGCAGAACUCUGGCUCCAGAUGUUCCAAGACGAAACGUUCCUAAAAAUUAAAUACACCAGAAAGGCGGCAGAAGCCAAGAUUUCCGUGUUAUCAAUGACCAAAGACCCCAACACCUCCCUCUUCUGCCAGUUCCCAUUCAGUUGGGUUUUGAAAGCCUACCUGGACAACGUGUGGGAGAAGGUCUAUCAUAUGAAAGGCCAGCCCAAGAACCUGACGGGGGAAGUGGCCAGGUUCUACCAAAACAUCAUCAAGAACGUCUGGAUGCCAGAUGAUUGCACUCCAAACAUGCUCCGCUAUUAUGCCAACGACUUUGUCAGGAUGGCUUUUCCUGGACAAUAUGACUCUGUCUAUGAGAUCCUUUCCCAAGCUUUCCUCACCAGCGCAGAGCUACUCUGCCUCUCUGUGGGCGAGAAGAAGAUGAUUUUUUCCCCCAUUUGGCUUCACAUGGAAUAUUUCUACCUCCGCGAUGAUUAUCAGCUCUUCGUUGACAUCGCCAAAAGCAACGACACCGUCGUGAACGAGCUGCAGGCAACGUACAAGGAGAACCCCGGCAGGAAGAUGUUUGUCAGUCUCGACAUCCUAAACGUUCUCCUGAAGAAAGUGCAACCCUCCGAAAGUGAGCUGCUGCCCUUUGAUGUCUGCAUAGCGUGGCUCAAAAAUAUCAAGUCCAUUAAGCCCUGGGUGGAGUCAAUUAGUCGGGACAACUACCAGCUUCAGUUCUACCCGGAGAAGAAACAACUCCUUGAGAGAGUGUUACAUCACUGGACCUGCACCAACAUUGUCUACAUGUUGAUUGACCACCUGCUGGACAAUGAGAUGCAAAUGCAGGAGAAACUCCUGAGGCUUGUGGUGAAGCAGUUCAUCUACCUCUGGAAUUGUCUCUACAUGAAGCCAGGAUUUCAGCCGGAGGAAACAUUUGAUUUGGUGACGAAUGUGCUGAAGACUUGCAACAAGAACGCUGACGUUGUGUAUCUGGUGUAA